AUGACUGUUUACUAUGAACCUCACACAGCAGAGUCUUAUUGGUAUGUUCUGGUCUUAACAGUGGCUAUCAAGAAAAGGUCCAGAGUUCCCGGGGUAAUGAUCACUCAGUAUGUUGAGGAACUGCCUGUAGGAAAGACAACACCUGACUUCACUCGGAAACCAAUGUCUGUGACUGCUCAAGAGGGUAAAAAAGGAUUUUUCAAAGCUAUGGUUAGUGGAGAGCCCGCACCAACUGUAACAUGGGGGCGUAAUAAGGGCGAGGUUGAUGACCCACAAAUAUACAAGACCAGAUACGAUGAAAGAGCUCAAGAGCACAUUCUUGAGAUACUCCAGAUAAAACCAGAUCAAGCUGACACCUACAAAUGCUUCGCCACCAAUGAGUAUGGAAUGGCUGUCUGCAGUGCAGCUCUUAAGGUUAUUGAAGUUGGCUUUAAGAAGAAAGCCCAGGCAGCAAACACAAAUGAACCACCACAAGAUUUCAGAAAAAUGCUUAAGAAAACUGUUGUUGUCUCCAGAAAAAAAAAACUGCCACCAAAAACAGAAGGAGAAAUUGAUCCUAAGCUCUUGGAACUGCUUAUCAAUGCACCAAAGAAGGACUAUGAAAAAAUCUGUGCAGACUUUGGUGUUUUUGACUUUCGCUGGUUGCUGAAGAGACUCAACCAGUUGAAAAAGGAAAGGGCAGAUGAGCAGGCAAAGGUUGUAGAGCAACUGGAAAACGUGAAACAAAUAGAAGUAAAACCCAAUGGGAGAGCUGAAUUUAGCCUCGACAUGAAACUACAGGAUCCCAACUGUGCCAUUAACCUAUAUAAGGAUGGGGAACCUGUUCCUUAUGAUGAUGAUGAAAAUUCAAAGCAUAGCCUUAAGAAAACAGGGACAAAGUAUGUUUUCAGCAUCAAAGAUCCUCAGCCAGAAGAUGCUGGAUUUUACCAGCUUGAUGUUGAAGACGCAAAUGUCCUCGCAACUGACUUCCAAGUGCCUGAUGUGGAUUUCAUAGCCAAGAUUAAGGAUGUGAAGGCCUUUGAAAGUGAGGACGCCAUCUUUCAGUGCGUCUUAUCAACACCUCUCAACAGAAUUACCUGGUCAAAAGAGGAUUCUUCACUUGAACAUGGGGACAAAUAUGAGAUCACUGUCUCAGAGGACAAGCUAAUUCACACAUUGAGAGUUAAAGACUGUAAAAUAGCAGAUGAUGGGGCAUAUUAUGCCAUUGCUGGAAUAACAACCAGCAGUGCCUCUCUCAAAGUGGAAGAUGACCUGAUUAAACUAGCAUUGGAACAGCAGGCCAAGCUACAAAAACAGAAAGACGACUUGGAGGCAGCCAGACGAGCACAGUCUGAAAAGGACGCUGCAGAUGCGGGAGAUGGAAGAGAUGGUUCUGGUGAUGGGACUGGUGGCAAGACUGGUGGCAAGACUGGUGGCAAGACUGAAGGCAAGACUGAUGGAGACGAGGGUGAUGGAGACGGCACGAAUAAGAACCUCCUGACAGAUGGAGAUGAUGGAAAUAAAGGAGAUGAUGCAGAUGAUAAGAAAAAUAAGCGAGUACGAACUGGCCCUUUGAUUCCUGACACAGUUACAGAUUGUGGUGUUCAGUUUGUCAGUGGGCUGUCAGAUACUGUUGCUAAUGUUGGUGAACGGGCAGAGCUGUCUUGCAAACUAAGCAGUGAGACCUCUGAGGGACGUUGGUAUAAAGAUGGGAAGCUGCUAACCAAUGAGGAUGGUGUAACAAUUAUCAAAGACGGAGCCUGUCACAGGUUGAUAAUUGAUUGCUGUAAAAAAGAUGAUGCAGCUGUGUACCGCUUUGAAGCUGAAGGCCGUAAAUCAGAAGCAACACUUCAUAUUCAAGAUCCACCAAAAAUUGACGCUGAUGCACUAGGAAAAUUCACAAAGCCAAUCAUUAUAAAGGCAGGUGAAAAUGCAGAAUGGAAGCUGCCAUUCUCCGGUGGGGCACCGAUGAAUAUACAGUGGUACAGGGAUGAUGACGAGCUUUUGCCCGCUCUCAAUGUGAAGAUUGAAACAUCAGCUACUGAAAGCAAACUACGCCUUGUUAAGUGUCAAAGGAAAGACGGUGGAGAGGUCAAAAUUAAAAUUAAAAAUGAAUUUGGUACAACUGAGGCAAUUUCCAAACUUAUCGUACUGGACAAACCCACACCACCACAAGGACCUGUGGACAUAAUAGAAAGUGCUGUAACAUCUGUUGAGUUCAAAUGGAAACCACCAAAAGACGAUGGUGGAUGCCCGGUCACAAACUAUAUCAUAGACCGCCAACAACUUGGGCGCAAUAAAUGGUCAAAUCUCGGUGAGAUCCCUGGCAGCAACCCAAGUUACAAAGAUUCAGAUGUGAACCCUGGAAGGAGAUACUGCUACAGGAUCAGAGCCAAGAACUCAGAAGGCAUCAGUGACUACCUGCAGUCAGAGGACAUACCAGCUGGUGUAUUACGUUAUCCUGGAUCCCCAACAGCACCAAAAGUGGUCAGUGCCUUUAAAGACUGCAUCAAUCUGACAUGGUGUCCUCCAUGUGACACUGGAGGAACCAAAAUAGUGGGAUACAAUUUAGAAAAGAACAAGAAAGGCACAAAUUACUGGAGCCUUGUAAACCAAGGAGGGCCUAUUACAGAUACAAAGUUUGCAGUGAAAGAUGUUAUUGAAGGGGCAGCGUAUGAAUUUAGGGUGUCUGCUAUCAACCUAUCUGGUACUGGACAUCCUAGUCUUCCAUGUGACACAGUGAUCGCAAGAGAUCCCAUGAAACCCCCAGGCAAAGUCACAGACCUAAAGUUAACAUCCUCCAAUUACACCACAUUUUCACUGGCUUGGACGAAACCUAAAGAAAUUAAAGGAGUAGAGGAUGAACCCCAAGGCUACUACGUAGAGAUCAGACCAAUAGAAAACCUUGAAUGGACCCGUUGUAAUGCCAUCCCAAUUCCUCUAACAUCCUACAACGUGCAUGGCUUAAAGGCAAUGGCCACCUACUGGGUGAGAGUAAUUGCCACUAAUUAUGGAGGUGAUGGAGAACCUCAAGGCUUUGACAAUUACAUCAUUGCCAUGCCUCCUCCUGUAAAGCCAAAGUUUAAAGACCGCAAAAUGAAGACUUUUGUGGUGGUUAGAUCUGGUAACACAGUCCGUCUGAACAUCAACUUUGAGGCCUCCCCAGUGCCACAAAUCUCUUGGCUAAAAGAUGGUAUUCCAGUGGCCAAACACGUAACUAUUACCAACUCUGAUAAAGGCUCUCAACUGUUAAUCCCGACAUCUGAGCGGUCCGACAGUGGCAUCUACACCAUUACGGUCAAGAACAUUGUUGGCCAGGCUAGCAUCAAUGUUGAAAUCAGAGUUACAGAUGAUCCCAAGCCUCCAGGUCCAGUGGAGCUGGAACAGAACAUCCCAGGAACAGUGACUCUGUCCUGGACUCCCUCUCCAGAUGAGAAGAGGGAUGACAGACUACACUACAUGGUAUCCAAGCGGGACUCUUUCAAACAUACUUGGAGGACAGUGGCAGACAACCUCUUCAACAAUAAGUUCACCAUUAUCAAUAUUUUGCCCGGACGGGAGUAUAACUUUAGGGUAUUUGCUAAAAAUGACAUUGGUCCUUCACCACCUUCUGAAUCACCAGUGUUCGGAACCAAAAAGGAAAAAGGAAAGUUCAAAGUAAACAUGCCAGAGACAAAAUCCUUUGAUUUUCAGUCACCUCCAUCAUUUAUCGUUCCUCUGAAGAGGCGCACAGCUCCACAAGGUUACGAGUGCUACAUAAGCUGCGCAGUAAAGGGUGAUCCAGCUCCACGUGUGACAUGGUACCGCAACAACAUCAGCCUGAACACAAACACCAACUACCACAUCACCAAUGUAUGUGGAGUCUGCUCGUUGCUCAUACUAAGAGUGGGACCCACAGAUGAUGGGGAAUACAAAGCCGUCAUUGAGAACAAACUGGGGACAUCCGAAUCCUCAAUGACACUGAAUGUCAGAGAGUGAAGAGGUGCAGCUGCUGGACAGAAGCUGAACCAACAGAUGUCCUACUGUGUUUUAAAUUAAG